AACGCUUGUUCGACUUUUGUCAUCUUGAUUUUCAGAUGCGAAUUUUGAAGUAAUCGCGAAAGUAACAGGUUCAUUUUGAUAAAUCUGUGCAUAUUAGGGAAAGUUACAAUUUGAAAAAUAAGACAGUUCAUAUUUUUUCUUGAAUUAGGCUGUUAUAUUUGCAGUUAGCGCAAAAAUUCACUUUAGAGCUCCAUUUGAUAGGCCAUGACAGUCACGUGACCAUCGUUUGGAAAAUGGCGGCUUCCAAAAAUUUUCAACAUGGACACUGAAUAUACCGAACGAUGUUGAGGUACAACCUAUAAUCCAUGUGUCUUAGGCUUUGUAACAGUUCUGGGUCUCUAAAACAUCGGGAUUGAGCACCCAUGGCGACCCGAUCACGGCGCAUGAGGGGCCGUCCUCCAAAGACCCCUUUGUCAAGUAAUCGCACAAAUUUUCUACGAAAACCCAAAGCUUUUACAACUUCGAGUGACCCAAACUCACGAUCAAGCACACCUGUCAGUGGACCUUACUUUGGUAUACCCAAUUCCAGAGGCAAUGGCAGGUCGGACCGGGGAAGAGGCAGGGAUUCUACAGUCAAAAGCAGAAGUUUUAUCAGUAGUUUCUUGGGAGAUGAUGAUGAUAUAUCGUCAACAGUGGAUAUAGAUGCAGACCGAAGCAGUGACAUUACUGACCUGGAUACUAUCGAUCUUGACAACAAUGAUUCUGAUGACACCUAUGAGGGUUCUUAUAGCGAUUUCAGUGAAGAAAGCAUCAGCACCAUUAGUAGUUCAGUCAGCAAGAGAAGAUUAUUUUCAAGAAGACCCAGGAGUCUAGAUAUACCAGAUGACAGGGAAAUACCCACUCUUACUCUACCACCGAGUUCUAAUGAUUUGAUCUUAUCUUCAGAAUACCUGUGUCAAACUGUUGGAAUCUUUGAAGUCCUUAGACAUUUCAGAACUAUACUGAGGUUGUCCCCUUUCACAUUUGAAGACUUCUGUGCAGCUUUAUUGAGUGAUGAGCAGUGUACAUUGAUAGGAGAGAUUCAUAUAUGCCUGCUGAAGGCACUAAUGAGAGAAGAAGAAAGCAAUAGCACUGUGUUUGGACCCCAUGAUUUGAAAGAUAGCAUAAAUGUGUCACUGUUUUUCAUCGAUGGAAUGACAUGGUCGGAAUUAGCAAGAGCAUAUUUGGAUAGUGAUCGUCAUGAUGAAUAUCGUUCUGCUCUCCCAGCUUUGGAGUCCAGUGAUUUUCCAUUUGUUCCAAUAAGUGACAAGUUAAAAGUACUUCAGACCCUAACUGAUUUGUUCCUGGCAACAAACAAAGUUCGAGAAGAGAUUACAAAUGAAGGCAAUAUUCAGUAUGAUGAUCAUUGUAGGAACUGCCACAAGUUGGGUGAUUUGCUGUGUUGUGAGACCUGUUCCGCCGUGUAUCACCUGGCAUGUGUAGAUCCUCCCCUUAUAGAGGUUCCUGACGACGACUGGCUCUGCAAUGUUUGUCGAGCUCACCAGGUUAAAGGUGUUACUGACUGCAUAUCUGAGGCUGAAAAAAGUGGCCUCCUUUGUCGACAAGAACCGUUUGGGUUUGACAGGCAUGGGAGGAAGUACUGGUUUCUCAUCAGAAGACUCAUUGUUGAAGGGGAGAAUGAAGUGUGGUACUACAGCACCAAGGCCCAGAUCGAUGAAUUGUUUGAGGUCAUGGACGGGCGGGACUGGGAGCGUGACCUUGUGUCCACUCUUCACGAGAUGCGAGACGACAUCUGCAAACAGAUGACCAUUACAGAUGAGCUCACAAACACAGCCAGAGGAAACAAGAAAUCAUCCUUAGAAGUGGAAACAACUCAGCUGACCAAGCUACAAGCGGACCGAGCACUGAAGAAGGCCCAGGAGGAAGUGGAGAAGAAAGCCAAAGAGGAGGAAGAGAAGCAGAAGGAAGAACAGAAGAAAUUUGAAGCAGCACACAGGGCUGAGAACGAUGGCCAACUUAAUGAAAGAACUGACGGGAUUAGUCCGAUGAUGGAGACUACUCAAGUGACCGCAGCAUCUACAACCACUACAACUACAUGCACGUCAGCCAUGACUGUGAGGGCUGUGAGCCCCGACGGCAUCACCAAAACAACACAACAGAUUACAGAGAAAACUGAGACAACCACCAUCAAGUCCACCACCUUCACGGUGUCAUCAACAGGGCUCAAACCAUCUGAUACUGAAGACACGGAAGACAAGAUGGAUACCUCAGAUCCUGUGAAUGAGACCAUCAACAGCAGCUCAACUGAGGCAGAAGACAAGUCAGGUACUGAGCAGCCCACGUCUGACUCCGUGGAAGGAGCGCCGGAAAGCAAGUCGGAAACAGAAAGUGAAAAAUCAACAAAUAACCCCUCCAUAGUCAGCCUUCAGUCUGUUUUCCCCAACGCCAAGACCAGUUUGUUAAAGACACUGGAUGAGAAGACUGGGGAUGGAAGUCCCCAGACUAAAACUGUUCUAGUUGUGAACCGCGAAGGCGGGAAAGUUACCUUGUCAGUUGCAACACAGCCACUGGCUGAUGGGUCUAAAGAUCAGUCGCUUGUCCUUGGGCAGAAAACUACUACCACAACGUCCACCACCAGCAGUGCGUCAGCUCUAGAAACACGGAAAAUACUGACCCGAUCCAAAACUGGUUCUUUGACCCCCAAACAGUUUACCGAUUCUGUGACCUCAACCACGUCCUCAUUCAAGAGUAGUGGGAAAACCUCAGCGGAUGAUGUUCUAGUCAUAAACCGAGACGGGGAGAUAACACGAGUCACUCGAAGCAAGAGUUCAAUCAUGGCAUCUUCUGCAACAGUCUCACAGUAUUUCCGACUUGGUAAUGAAGGUAACUACAAGUUGUACACGAACCAGUAUUCCACAAACACCCUGGCCCUCAACAAACACCAGCAUAACGAGGAGCGUGACAAGCGCAGGCAUCUAUCACACAAGUUCAGCAUGACGCCGACCAGCGAGUUUAAAUGGAACGGCACAGUGUUCGGCAACAGGAUGUUGACAGUGUCCACACUGAGACUGAGCAUCACUCAGCUGGAGAACAACAUCCACACACCGUUCCUACAUCCAAACUGGCCCAUUCAUCGACAGAACUGGCAGAAGGCUGUCCACAUGUGUCAGAACCCACAGGACUUCGGUCUGGCUCUAGCCAUUUUAGAGGCUUGCAUUAAACCAGUUAUCUGCAACCCUGUGUGGACUGAAGCUCUAGGUCACAGUCGAUUACAGAGGAUCACCACAGCUGAUCGUGAGGAGAUGAAGAAGAGGGAGAAAGAGGUGAAGAAGAGGAAGGAAGAGGAAGAUGAGGGCAAGCCACUGGUGUGGAUCAAGUACCCCCUGGGACUAAAACAUCAGGUGUGGAAACAACGGGGAGAGGAGUACCGAAUUACAGGAGGCAAUGGCUGGCUCUGGAAUAGUUCAGUCAGGAAUUACAGCAUUGUUCCUCAAGACACUGUAGGACUCCGUGGUGUGGCUGCUAAACUCCGAGCAAGGAAGAAGAAAGCUUUGAAAGCAUCAAAAAUGGCUCAGGCUUCUGAGAAGAUGUCUGUGGAUGACAAAGAAGACCCAGAGUUGUUGAAAAGCAAAAGCAGCGUUGAGGCAGAGAGCAAGGUGAAGGAAGAAGAUCCAGAGACAGAUGCUGAUGUAACGAUGAAGGACAGUGAGAAAGAGGAAGGAGGUGAGAAAGAGGAAGGAGGUGAGAAGAUGGAAGUUGAAGAUUCUGAAAAGGAGGAUUCAAAGGAAAAGGUUCAGAGCAAAAGCGAAGAGGAAUCAAAAGCUGAUCAAACAAGUGAAAAAAUGGAAACGGAUGAAGUGAAAGUGGAAAGCAAAGAUGAAACAGUUGAGGAAGAGGGGAAGAAAGAUUUGAAGAACAAGAAGAAGGAUGAAGAUGAGAAAUUGGAGGAAGAAUUUCAGGAGUUGCAGAAACAGCUACCCCCCAAAGUGGAUGUGGAUCUGAUUGAUGUAGGCAAAGCAAUGUUGGAGAGGACAUACUACAUUAAGGUGACAAAGCCAUAUGCUAAACUGGACAGCUUGCUUGACCGCAGACAGAAGCAAGAUGAAUGGGAGCGGAAAAACAGGCAGGCUUUGGAGCAGCAGAUAGCUUGGAAGCUGAAAUGGCAGUCAGGCAAAGAUGGAAAGUCAACUGAUAUAAAAAUCAAAGUUGGAGAUUGCAAGAAAUCAUCACCAGAGGUGAAUGGUUUGGAUCUGAAACCUGAUGUGAAAGGGUAUAAGGGUAUGUGUUAUUCGUUGCUAUGCAGGACGAAAGGUAGCGAAUGGUGUUACUCCCCAGUGUGUCGGAAGGAGAGGCUGUCUAGUCCAGAUCUGGAUGUGUCCAAAGUGAAGGAUGAGCCUGGUGAGGACAGUAUCAAAAUGGAGGAUGCGGGUCCCCCCUCUGCAGUCAAAGAUGAUUCAAGUAAUGAUGCUUCAUCCAAAUCCAUUCCUGUUCCAAAAGAAGCAGAGGACGACAAAAAGACAAUCAUCAUUUCUGGAGGCAAUGCUGCCGCCAAAGUGGCCCAGCUCUUUGCAAACCGUGCAGGAGUCAACCUCUCACAAGCACAUUCAGCCUUGCAACAGGCAAUUUCCAAAAUGAGCAUAGACGAUCUCAAGGCUAAGUUGCCUCCAGUUCGGAAAAGCACAGAAAAGUUCAAACUUGCAAAAUUUACAAAGAUUGGUAAACGUGGGGCAGCUAAGAGCUUGAAAAAGGCUAGUUUACCUGUGUGCCAAAAGUUCCAAAAUGCCACCAAGAAAAAAAGCAUAUUUAUUCUAGAGAGGCAUGACCUCAGGAAGAUGGCUCGAAAAGGCAGCAAUAGAGAGGCCAGUGGAUUUAAUUAUAACUGUAAAAUGAACAAUGUGAACUGGAUUUAUCCAUGUCCCCGUCCCCUGUUCCGCACUGCGUGGCGGUUCCGGACUCAGACCAUCAAGUCCUUAGCGGCAGCUGCUCUGCAGCUCAGGAUAUUGUGGUCCUGCAUCAGGUGGGACGAUGUGGCAGUCAAACCACCUGCAGGCGGAACGAACACUGUCUCCACGGAGACCGAAAUAACCACCACUGAGUUGUUGAAGCGUAGAGAUGUAGGACCAUAUGGUCUCAGGUCCGAGUUCCUGGUCAGGAAAAUUGUUGUUCCUAUUGGAGUACCAACUCAGCCGAAAGAAAAGUACACACCUCAGCGAAGUGGACUGAGAGAAAGGAAGAGACCAGAAUCUCCAAAACAGACCGAGCCAAGCGUGACAGAAACUUGGGUCCCAGAGGAGGACUUGGACUUAUGGGAAAUCAAACAGUUCGGGGAAAAACUGGAAAAACAGAGGGCAGCAUCACAAGAGAAAACCAUUAUUGUGACAACCACAACAACAUCUACAGCAACAACAUCUACACAGAACGCUGCUCAAAUUAAAGCACAAAUGGAGCAGCAGCUGAAACAGCAGAGGUUUGCUCUGCAGCAGAAACGCUUACAGGAAGCACAGGGCAAGACUGGAGUCAUCACAGUUUCCACGUCAACAACAACAACAGCAAGCAGCAUCAUCAACUCCACAUCCACGUCAUCCACACCCAUCAAGACCAUCACUCUGACGACAAACACGGGAGGCUUGAGCACCAUCACCACACCAACAAUCAUCAAACAAGUUCAGAUGCAGCCCAAGACAAUUAUUGCAUCCAGCUCUCAUAAUGGUUUGAUGUUCCCUGCAGACACAGCAUCCCCUGUGCGCCCGGGGGUGAAGGUUCAGCUGCCAGGGACAACCAUUACUCUCCGACCCACAUCAACAGUAGCUCUUGCACCGAAACCGGGAGUAACCAUGGCGACCACUGCCACAACCACUGCUCAAGCAGCACGUCUCAUCGCACCUGGACAAGUGCAGACACCUAAAACUGCCGUGCGCCUCCCUGGAGCGGUCCAGAUACGUCCCCAGGUAGUGGCCCAGGGCUUGCCGGGACAGGUCCAAAACGUCCAGAUCAUCCAGGGGCCAUCCGGGCAGCUCCAGGUCCGAGGACUCCUUCCAGGUCAACAGAUCAUCCGUCUCCCUGACGGCCGCCUCCAACUCAUCACCCUACCUACAGCUGCCACAGCCCAACCCAUCACUGCCGUCGCCGCUAGCUCGGCCACCAGCUCCGCCGCCCCCACUGUCACCCAGGUCCAGGCCAGACCAACUGUUGCAAUACGACCUCAGACCAUUGUGGUCAGCGCUGCGUCAGUACCAGGAACCUCGGCGGUCAGUGGCGUGGCCGCCACCAGGGUAAUGGUUCCAGCCCAGUUGACGGGGACCAGUGCAGGUGCAAUAUCCAGUACAGGGGUAGUGUCUGCAGCAGCAGCCCUGUCGGGAGUUGCCUCUCAAGUCACUACUCUCUCAAUGCCCACAAGAACAUUAGGAGGGAGUAUUUUAGCCUCCACAUCACCAGCUAAGCCCACCAUCAUUACAUCAGUCGCCAAGGUGGCAGGCACUCCAGUUGUGUCUGCUCAAGCUGUGAUGCCCAACACUACAACUCAGAUCAUCAAGCCGCUGAUGACGUCAACACUGCCAACCAUGACGCCAGUGGCGGUAGCCUCCACGUCUAAUCCCUCGGUUGUGACAACAGCGGCAACUGUCAUUGCUCCCAGUAUAGCCAUACAGUCAACGACUCAACCAACCAUCAUCACAUCACCAGUCACUGCCAAAACAGUCCCUCGACCUCUGACCUCGCAGAUAACUGUACGGACACAACUGCCGGCUCAGUCAGCUACAGUGGCUGUUACACCACGACCGCUGACUAUUGUUACUUCUCCUACAUCAUCAGCAGCUGCAGCAGCAACACCAACACCAUCAGCUGCUGCUUCGGCUGCUCAGAAGUACGCCAUCACUCCUCAGGUGGUGCAGCAAGUUGUGCGCCAGGCCCUCAUGCAGAAUCAGACACCGGAGAUCCAGGCCAAGUUGCUGGCCAUGCAGAGGCAGAUCCAGCAGCAGCAGCAAGGUGGCACGACGGCGGUCAAGGUGACCACCCAGCCGGCGGUGGGGGUCAGCACACUCCAGUCCCAGGAGCGGCAGCUCCAGUCUCAGUUCCAGCAACAGCUGGUUACCAAGCAACAGCAGAUCCAGCAGGCCCAGGCCACUGAGACGGCGCGAGCCAAACAGAGGACUCUCACUCAGGAACAGAAGGAUGACCAGAUGAGGCUGUCAGUGUGUAACCAGGUGUUGAAGACACUCCUGGACAAGAUCGAGCGGGAAGAGAAACAGGAACAGAAACGGCAGCGGAAGCAGGAAUCGGUGGAGGAGAAGCAGAAACGUGUUAUGGCAACCAAACUCCAGGGGGCACUCUUCAAACACAAGGAGGCACUCAAGAAGGAAAUCCUGCGCAAGCGGACCCUGAUGGAGAAAAACCUGCAGCAAGAUAUACUUAUGGAGGUAGCUGACAAGCUGAAGAAGCAGACCAAAUCUCCGACCAAGCCGGCGUCCACACUGCGCACACUCCCUCCUGGCACCAGCCUGGUGGGGGGAAAGAAGAAGCUGGAGACCCUCGUCCCUCAGUCUCACCCCGAAACAGCAGCAGCCAAGAAACGCAAACAAAAGAUCAUAUCAACUGGUGGAGGGCGUGCCUUCAACCCUAAGGAGAAACUCUAUUGUAUUUGUAAAACUCCAUAUGAUGACUCAAAGUUCUACAUCGGAUGUGACCUGUGUUCCAACUGGUUCCAUGGAGCAUGUGUGGGCAUCACGGAGAACCAGGCCAGCUCAAUAGACUCGUACAUCUGUGAAGACUGUCGCAAGCAGCAGGAGAACACGUCAGAGGAACUGUACUGUGUGUGUCGAACACCUUACGAUGAAGCACAGUUCUACAUCGGAUGUGACCGAUGUCAGGACUGGUUCCACGGCCACUGCGUGAAUGUAUCGCGGCUGGAGGCAGACCGCAUGGACACCUACAUCUGCCCCAACUGCAUCAACAAGGAACAGGCCACGCCCAUUGCACAGAAAUGUCUUACAGAUAAGGAAUAUGAAAACCUGCGGCGACUCCUUCGUAGUCUACAGUCACAUAAGAUGGCCUGGCCUUUCCUAGAAGCUGUGGACCCGAAAGAUGUACCGGAUUACUAUCUAGUUGUCAAAGACCCAAUGGAUUUAUCAACAGUGGAGAAACGCCUCAAUGCUCGAUUAUACCAGAAACUCAGCGACUUUGUUAAAGAUGUGACCAAGAUCUUUGACAAUUGUCGUUUCUACAACCCAAGUGAUUCACCAUUCUACCAGUGUGCUGAAGUCCUAGAAACAUUCUUUGUGCAACGCUUGAAGUCAAUGAGAGAGCGGUUCUAACAGGAUAUUAAGUGUCAGCACCCAUUGAAUCAUGCGUUAGUGUGGUCCACAUCAUUCAUGCUAAAUAGUCAAUGAUAUUCUGACGGGUGAGAGAUCUGUGGUACUGCCUGUAAGUGCUAAUUUAUUUUCUUUUGAAAGUAUGGUGCCUGGAUUUGUUGACAUGAAGAUAUGUUUGUGAGCAUUGUUUGAAAUAAACCUAGUCCUCAGACAACUUUGUCUGAUUGCUGAAGUCUUGAAUAUAUGUUCCUGCUGAAAGUCAAAAGCAUCACUCUUGCAGAUGGCUUUGUUCAGUAAACUACGUACGUUAGGAGCAGACAAUACAUUUUCCCUUAGAAAUCAUUAGGCAUUUAGAAGAUGAAUGUAAACUUUACAAAGAGUUUUGGUAUACAUAAUAUUUAUUACACACACACACACACACACACACAUACACACACACUCACACACAUUUCAGGGCUUUUCUUGCCACUUCGUCACCACACCUACCUGAUGAAAGGGCAAGGAGUCCCCUGAAACCUGAAUGCUUCAGGAAUUUCUUACCCAUAAUAUUACUCCUCGUCACCUGUGAACUGUUGAAGUACUGGUCUCAGUAUUAUGCAUAUGAUCAUUAUGGCAGCUAUGAUUAUGGGGAGGUGAUCGAAUAUCAAAGGAUUAUAUGGUUAGGUGAGAGAACAAAAAUAUCUUCUCACGCCACAACAAAACAAUAGUAUUUUUAUUUCAGUCCUCUUUAGUAUGUUUUCGUGUGUUUUCUCUUUUUAUUCAGCCAAGGCAAAGCCUUACAUUUCUUCAUUCCAGGAUCUAUUUGUAGGGAAGAAAACAGGUAGUUACUUCAGACCUCAGAGACAUAUUGCGGGUCUCUGUAUAUUGGAGAGAAAAAAGCCUUUCUUAUUUUUUUAGAAACUGUAUUUUUUUAAAGAGUGAAGGCACUGAGCAUAUAGGGGCAAUUGGGUAGGGAAGUGGUUGAAGGUUUUGCUUGUGAAACUGAAGGCUUGGGGUUCAAUUCUCACAUGGGUACAAGGAGUGGAGCCUUUUUCAGUUGUCCCUAGUCAUGAAAUUUCUGGAGUAUUACUUAAAGCAGCGCAAGACAUACUCAUUCGCUAUCAAAAUAUAUUUCUUUCAAUUUGAGGGGUUGUGGUUAAAGCAAUCAUUUGUCAGGCCUAAGGACCAGGUUCAAUUCCCCACAUUGAUACAUGUGAAGCCCAUUUCUGGUAUACCAAACUGUGAUACAGCUGGAAUUUCUCUAAAAGCGACAUAAAACCAUAGUUACAGUUUGAAAAAUGCUAGUUUAUGAUUGUGUUGAGUGUUAACUUUUUUCUCACCUGUUUCUCUUGAUAUACAAAGGUGUAUUACAAAGAUAUUUGUAUAUGUACCAGCUCACCAUUUUGGUUACAACCUUCUACUCUUAACAACUCAAAAUGACAUUCUAUACUUAAUGAAGGCACACUCCUAGCAUUGGCAAAAGUCAAAGGAAAGGAAUGAUGUGCACCUGUGCAAGUGGUAUGAGCAUUUCGGGGCAAGGCAGUACCACAUACUGAUCCAUGAAGAGGGACUGGGUUGUAUAUUAUUGUAAAAUUGUACAUAUGUCAUCUAUUUCACAGCUGUCACAUGGCAUCACUAGCUGUCCCAGGCUGGAACUAGUGGCCUUUUCAUGUUGUUACAUAAUCAUAUCAUAUUUAAACUUGUCCAUUUCAAUUAGACACUAUGCCGUCACUUCAGUUUUCCAUACUCUAUAACUCGAUAGAUUUCAUAGCAGGCAUGCUGAUUAAAUAUUAUUUAUAACAUUCAUUGUUGUCACUGAAAAUUGUGUGGUAAUCGUGAACCACUUUAAGAAACUGCUCAAGGAAACCAGGUAUUUAAAAGAUGUUUACAAUAACUGAUUAUGCAAUGUUUGUUUUACCCUAAUUGCAUAAGAUGUUGAGGGUAUUGACUGUAUUUAAAAUCUUCAUGCUGAUACAAGAUUGUGGCCCGUCUUCUCGUACUUCCAUUACUCCUGAAAUGGCAAAAUAUCUAUUGCUGUCGUCAGUUUUCUUGUUGAUUUACCCAAUGAUUCUGAAGGUAAAAUGUUGAUGGAUAUCUUUGUUUGGUUACAAUUGUUACCGAGUUGCUAAUGUUGGCCGAUUGAAAGUGCAAUGUCAUUAAACUCAGAUCGGAGUUCUCGUAAC